AAGUUUUUCAGAGAUUAAUUGGCAUUCUUUAAAAGGGCAUCAGCUUGCUUUUGCACAGGUGUUCAGGACCCUCAGGAGUGGGUGCCCAGCUGAAUCCUGGGCUGUGCAUUUCCUGAGGGCUUAAGGCAGGCACGGAUACCAGGGACUCCCUUCUCAGAUUCUCUCUGUGUCUCUCACUUUCUCUCCUCUCCUCCCUCCCUCUCCUCCGUCCCUCCCUCCUCCGCCAAUCUCUCCCAAUCUCUUUCUUUCUCUGUUCAGUUCCUUCAGGUAAUUCCUACUCAAACUUGCACCAACUUGUUUUUGACUGACAGUGAGCAGUUAGAAUGUGUUCUUUCCUCUGAGAAGCCGUAAGCACCUACUCCCAAGACAACCUGCACCGAGGGCUCAUCUCUGCCUCGUCUCAACUUCACUUUCAGCUAGGACUCUGCACUCCGCUGGGCUUUGCAGGCAGUAGCGGAAGCCCAUGCUAGCCAGGUGGGUGAAGGGGAGCAAGGACGUUCUUUCUACCUGCCUGGAAAGAAGACACCUUCUGACCUGCUGAGUGAGUGAGGUGGCCUCAAGACCCUGAUGAUGGACAGCCUUCACAUGGGCAUGCCCAGUGCCGCUCUGGUGAAGCACACCACUGGGGCUGGACUCAAGGCCCAUAGGCCUCGAGUCAUGUCCAAGAGUGGACACAGCAACGUGAGGAUCGACAAAGUGGAUGGCAUAUACUUGCUGUACCUGCAAGACCUGUGGACGACCGUGAUCGACAUGAAGUGGAGAUACAAGCUCACCCUGUUUGCUGCCACUUUUGUGAUGACCUGGUUCCUUUUUGGAGUGAUCUACUACGGUAUUGCCUUCAUCCAUGGGGACUUAGAACCCAAUGAGCACAUUUCUAAUCACACCCCUUGCAUCAUGAAAGUGGACUCUCUCACGGGGGCCUUUCUCUUUUCCCUGGAAUCCCAGACAACGAUUGGCUAUGGCGUCCGCUCCAUCACGGAAGAGUGUCCUCACGCCAUUUUUCUGUUGGUGGCUCAACUGGUCAUCACCACCUUGAUUGAAAUCUUCAUCACGGGCACCUUCCUGGCCAAAAUCGCAAGACCCAAAAAGCGUGCCGAGACCAUCAAGUUCAGCCACUGUGCAGUCAUCACCAAGCAGAACGGCAAACUGUGCCUGGUGAUCCAGGUGGCCAACAUGAGGAAGAGCCUUUUGAUCCAAUGCCAGCUUUCCGGCAAGCUCCUCCAGACCCACGUCACCAAGGAGGGAGAGCGGAUCCUGCUCAACCAAGCCACAGUCAAAUUCCACGUGGACUCCUCUUCUGAGAGCCCCUUCCUCAUCUUGCCCAUGACCUUCUACCACGUGCUGGAUGAGACCAGCCCCCUGCGAGACCUCACUCCGCAAAACCUGAAGGAGAAGGAGUUUGAACUUGUGGUCCUGCUCAAUGCCACGGUGGAGUCCACCAGCGCUGUCUGCCAAAGCCGAACCUCCUAUGUCCCGGAGGAGAUCUACUGGGGCUUUGAGUUUGUGCCUGUGGUGUCGCUCUCCAAAAAUGGAAAGUACGUGGCGGACUUCAGCCAGUUUGAGCAGAUCCGCAAGAGUGCAGACUGCACACCUUACUGCGCAGAUUCUGAGAAGCAGAAGCUGGAGGAGAAGUACAGGCAGGAGGACCAGAGGGAGAGGGAGCUGAGGACCCUGCUGCUACAACAGAGCAACGUCUGAUCCACAGACGG